AUGUCUGGGCUUCCAAUUACAUCGCAAGACUUGAAUUUUAGCUAUGGCAAGCCUGAAUUGCCCACAGUUCUCAAAAGACUGUUCAAAUCGCAUAAAAAUCUUGACUUUGAAUCUGCAGUAUCGGAAAUGGUCAAUCUCGUCUUUAAACCACGAAAAGCACAUAGAGCGUUUUAUUAUCAAAGACAAACCCGAAACCGGUGGUCGCGAGAUGAUCCCUCGUUUUUCAUUUUGCAGAUCGGACUUUUGUCAGUCAGCUCGUUGGUAUGGUCAAUAGUCUAUGGACAUUCAUUUUUAGGAUUUGUUAGGAUGAUGCUAAACAUGAUUUUGGUGGACUUCUUUGCAUUUGGGUUUGCCGUAGCUACAUUGUUUUGGUUGGUACUGAAUCGAACCUUUUUCAAGUUCAGAUCCGCGCAAAACUCGCGUGUUGAGUGGGCUUACUGUUUUGACGUGCAUUGCAACGCUUUUUUGGUGGUUUGGUGUUUGCUGUACUUGGUGCAGUUUAUUCUACUACCAGUCAUCAAGCUACACCGCUGGAUAGGCCUUUUCGUCGGGAACACACUGUAUUGCGUCGCUUUCGGCCAGUACUUCGUACUUUCGUUUUAUGGGUAUAGCCAGCUGCCAUUUUUGAAGAACGUCAACUUUAUUUUGCUGCCUACGAUAUUCUUCGCUGGACUGUAUGUGGUCAGCAUAAUCGGAAUAGAUCUGUCACAGGCCUUCAGCUUUCGCACCUAUUGA